AACGUCACUCAUGUCUAUGGUUUUUUCAAGGAUUUGAAAUAAAAAUUUUAAGUUCUUAAUUGCAGCAGAAAGGCUUAAUGCUAGGUAGUCUAGUAGAUUCGAAAGUUUACAAAUAAAGAUAUAAAUUUUCUGUGAAUAAUUAAAUAAUCACAAAACUGCUUCGAAAUGACAUCUUUGAUGGAUAAGAUUUCUUCACUGGAUGUUUCAGCACUUUUCAUUGUGUUACACGUGCUUAAUACAUUUUUAAAUUAUUGCAGCGAUAGUAUAAUAGCUGUUUUUAUUGUGUUUUUAAUCUAUACGUGCUGUUAUUGGGCUUUAAAUAUAGUAGUCAUAAUGGAGCAAUUCAAUCAUUCUCAUUAUUAUCAAUCGAGGCGAAAUCUUGUGCUGGAUAUUUUGGAAUCACACGAUAAUCCAUUGACACUUAAAGAAUUGAAAAACGAAUUUAAGGCAAGGCAUGCAUCAGACAUUCCAUUUUCUGAUGUUGAUGAUGACGCAGUCCAUGAAUGGCUCUCCAAGCUAGAUUCUGUUGGAACUGCAUCAAAGAACAAUCAAGAUUAUUAUUUCAUACAAAAACCAAUAGCUGAAAUUACAUCCACAUUCAAAAAAGAAAGCAAAAGGAAGACAUCAUCGCCUUUAAUAUCACAAACAGUCAAACGAUCUCGUUCAGCACCAGGAACUGAGGAACCGAAAACUCCAAUAAAAACUCGUCAAGCAAGAUCUGUCAGAUUUAAAGAUCAACCAGAAAAACCGAUUAAGUCCAGAAGCAAGAGUGAACAUCGUCCACAAAGAAUUUUGGGUGCACCAAAUUUAUAUGGCAGUUUACUGAUCGGUGACGAUUUCUUUUUGGGAAUUGCAAUUUACAAGUUAGGCUUUAGUGCUUCAAAAUUUAAAGGAACGUUGCAGUCGGGAUUUUGCAUGUCAGGCAUGACAAUAAAGGAUGCAAUGUAUAAAGUCAAGGAUAUUGAAGAUGAUCGGCAUAAAACAGCAAUUAUAUAUGUCGGAUCUAUUGAUAUUGCCGCUGGUCGGGAAUUAAUUGAAAUGAUGCAAGACAUGACGUUAUUAAUGCAAGCUUGUGCUGAGAAAAAUAUUAAGCCAGUUUUGUGCACACUUGCUGUAAUUCCAAACUUUUUACUUGGAAAUCGAAAGGAAACAUUAAAUGGAUUUAAUAAAUUCAUCACAAAUAAUCCUUUCGGAAUUCCGUCUAUAGACAUCAAUAAAUGCUUUAAACAUGGCAACACUGAUGAUUUUCUUCCACAAUAUUAUAUGGAAAUUCCACGACACGUCAGUGGAUUCAGUAAAAUGCUUGUUCUAUGGUCAAAAAAUGGUCGUGAUAGAGUUUAUGAAAUGCUAAUUAAAAACCUUGGAAUGGCUUUAGUUGCUUCAGGGAAUAUCUCGCAUAAUUAUAUUUAAGUAAUCCCUUUUGUGUCGUCUUUUAAGAGAAAUGACUUUUAAUAUUUCAUGAGGAUUUAUGGCCAUAAAUUUUCAAUGAGCUCAUUUAAUUCAAUUUUUUCUGUAAUUCUGUUGUAAAAUAACCACCAAGAUUACCGUUAUUUACUGUCGAAACUAAUUGCAGACAUGUCUGUAGAUUAAGUAGUG